GUUUACUCUUGUCGUAGCUCUUCACGGAAAUGGCUAGAAACGAAGAAAAACAACUUGGACGAUUGAAUCGAUUGUGGCUACAAAAGGAAAAAGAGGACGGACGUAUAAAAGAUGUUAAUGAGUCAAGACCAAAACUUGCAACAUUAAAUUCUGCACAAGCCGUGAGGAAGUGGAUACCGAGCAUCAAGAAUGAACUGGAGUACUACCUGCAGCAGUCCCAGUUAUCCCAUUACCCAGAAAGGAAGAUAGCAGAGUUCCAGCAGCAAAUUGAGAACUUGGAAAAAGAGUAUAAACGAUACCUCAAGAAACUGCGCUCUCUGGACCCCACCUGUAAACACAAGCCUUGGACCCCUAGGGCAUACAGCAAGAGGAGGCCAGACUCUGACAGCAGUCAGUGCAUUGCCAAGAGACUUUGUGUGCCUGACCAUAGCCAAGUCACUGCUGAAGAAAAGGCGGCAACGCUUACUCCGAAAAACCAGGCUGUCCCCGGCUCAUCAGCCCACCCAGCUUCUGAUCUUCCAGACCAGGAUCUCCCGCUCUCCUUUGACCGCACCAGGCUGGCGGUGGUGGUAGCUGGAGCUCGUGGGGUCCCCUCAAGGCAGCCACAGACCACGAGUACCCUGGUUCAUGUGCUGCACAGUGGCCUUCCCAACCUGCUCAACUCGCCUGUGGCAGCAGCUGCAGGACCUGAGGACAGAGCCGGCACUAACAUCCCUGACAUCACUCAGACUAGGAAAGGACAUGUGUUGGGACUGGGAUGCUACUCGUCUUCCUCAGAUGAGGAAACUUAACAGAUAAAAGUGCGGACACUUUUGAGUGGAAUUCCAACGAGUCUUUUUUGUGUGUGUG